AUGAAAGAUGUAGAAUCUGCUAGGAUUUUGUUACACUCCAUGAAGAACCAAAGUUCCAUUCUUGGUUGGCUGACAAAACUCAUGGCGUCCGUGAUUCUCGUUUCCUUCAUCACCUGCGUUAUUUACUACAUAAAGUUAUUGUGCCCCUUAGCCAUAUACAUCGAGACCCCUCUUCACAUCCAUGAUCUAGAAAAAUCUUCAUCAUCAUCAUCAUCGUCAUCGUCUCUGCAGACACAAUCUUACUCUAGUCAAAACAAGUCGAACGUCAGAGGAGUACAAGAGUCAGAAAACCCUGGAAAAACGCAGCUCCAUCACAUUGUUUUCGGCAUUGCAGCUUCAUCCCAUCUAUGGAAUCAACGAAAGAACUACGUAAAAUUAUGGUGGAGGCCGGGGGAGACGAGAGGGUUUGUUUGGCUCGACAAGACUGUAAGUACAGGUACUGAGGAUGACAAUUCUCUUCCAACCUUAAAAUUGUCGAGCGACACCACCAAAUUCAGGUACAAGAAUACGGAAGGUGAUCGAUCAGCAUUACGUUUAACCCGGAUUGUAUCUGAAACAUUAAGGCUGGGAUUGGAGGAUGUUAGGUGGAUUGUGAUGGGGGAUGACGAUACAUUCUUUGUUGCUGAUAAUCUUGUUAGAGUUUUAUCCAAGUAUGAUCACAAUCAGUUCUAUUAUAUUGGUAGCAAUUCAGAGAGCCAUUUGCAGAACAUUAGAUUUUCGUACAACAUGGCUUAUGGUGGUGGAGGUUUUGCCAUAAGCUAUCCCUUGGCCAAAGCUCUGGAAAAAAUUCAGGACAAUUGCAUACAAAGGUACCCGGAAUUGUACGGUUCAGAUGAUAGAGUCCAUGCUUGUUUGGCUGAACUUGGAGUCCCCCUGACCAAGGAGCUUGGAUUUCACCAGUUCGACUUGUUUGGCAAUGUGUUUGGCAUCUUGGCAGCACAUCCAAUUGCACCCCUAGUCUCUCUCCACCAUCUAGACUUGAUUCUGCCCAUCUUCCCAAAUGUAAACCAAGUUGAAGCGCUGCAGAGAUUGAAGGUGCCGAUGGAACUGGACUCUGCAGCGCUAGCGCAGCAAUCAAUAUGCUAUGACAAUGCUAGAAACUGGACUAUUUCGGUCUCAUGGGGUUAUGCUGUCCAGAUUAUCCGGGGUGUCGUCACCCCGAGGGAGAUGGAAUUGCCAGCAAGAAGCUUUGUCAACUGGUACAAAAGGGCCGAUGAAACUGGAUUCACCUUCAACACUCGAUCUCUCAACAAAAAUUCUUGCCAGAGACCCGCGGUGUAUACAUUGUCUGCGGCUCAUUACAAUCCUUUGACCAAUCAAACUGUUAGCCAAUAUGUCUACUACAAAAAAUCAGGUCAUCAGUGUGAAUGGAAGAUGGCUAAUCCUUCACAAAUUCGUAAGGUGGAAGUUUAUCAGAAGCCUAAUCCGUUCCUUUGGGAUAAGUCUCCUAGAAGAAAUUGCUGCAGACUUUUGGCUUCAGAAAAGAAAGAUACCAUGAUAAUUGAUGUUGGUGAAUGUGUAGAAGACGAAAUCAUUGAAAUGUAUAGCAGGAUAUGA